AUGGCACCGGAAAAUCAACCAACAAUGGGUCCUCCAAUUUUCUCUGGGCAGAAUUACCAUAUUUGGGCCAUUAAAAUAAAGGUUUAUUUGAAGGCUCUCAACUUGUGUGAUGUCGUUGAGAGAGGAGAACCUGCUGUCCAAGAUUUGAGAGACAACGCAACUCUCAAUGAAAUCAAAAAGUAUGAUGAGUUGGUGACUAGAUCUCCAAGAGCUCUCACUUACAUACAUUCAAGUCUUACGAAAGUGAUAUUUACAAGGAUUAUGACUUUUGAGACAGCCAAGGAAGCCUGGUAUAAGCUAAACGAGGAGUUUGAAGGCAGUAAUAAAGUUAAGUCUGUUAAGGUCUUAGCUUUAAAGAGGGAGUUUGAGCUCUUGAAGAUGAAGGAUUCAAAUACUGUGAAGGAAUACUCUUCCACGCUGAUGGAUAUUGUGAACCAAAUAAGGAUACUUGGUGAAAACUUUUCAGAUCAUAAAGUUGUAGAGAAGAUUAUGGUCAGCCUUCCAAACAAGUUCGAAUAA